UGGGAAUGGCCUGUUGUACACACAGUCGCUGGCGGGCAGUCGGGAGGAGGAGAACGCUUCAAUCAGGAACUACGUGGACAAAAAAGAUGAUUUAAGUCAAAACAUAUAAAAUCAUGAACCUUAGGGGACUCUUCCAAGAUUUCAACCCCAGCAAGUUCCUCAUUUACGCGUGCCUGCUGCUGUUCUCGGUGCUGCUGGCGCUGCGGCUGGAUGGCGCGAUCCAGUGGAGUUACUGGAUCGUGUUCACGCCCAUCUGGCUGUGGAAACUGAUGGUCAUCAUCGGCGCAUCGGUCGGCACCGGCGUCUGGGCCCACAACCCUCAGUACAGGGCAGAGGGGGAAACAUGUGUGGAGUUCAAGGCCAUGCUGAUUGCGGUGGGGAUCCACCUGCUGCUGCUGAUCUUCGAGGUGCUGGUGUGCGACCGCAUCGAGAGGGGCACGCACUUCUGGCUACUCGUCUUCAUGCCGCUCUUCUUCGUCUCGCCCGUCUCCGUGGCAGCCUGCGUCUGGGGCUUCCGGCACGACCGCUCCCUGGAGCUUGAGAUCCUGUGCUCUGUGAACAUCCUUCAGUUCAUAUUCAUUGCACUUCGGCUGGAUAAGAUCAUUAACUGGCCCUGGCUGGUGGUGUGUGUGCCACUGUGGAUCCUCAUGUCUUUCCUGUGUCUGGUGGUCCUCUACUACAUUGUUUGGUCUGUGCUCUUCCUCCGCUCCAUGGACGUCAUCGCCGAGCAGCGCCGCACCCACAUCACCAUGGCAAUCAGCUGGAUGACCAUCGUCGUGCCUUUGCUCACUUUCGAGAUCCUCCUGGUCCAUAAGCUGGAUGGCUACAACAGGUUUGGCUAUGUCCCGGUGUUUGUGCCCCUGUGGCUGUCCCUCAUCACCUUGAUGGCAACAACCUUCGGACAAAAAGGAGGCAACCACUGGUGGUUCGGAAUCCGCAAGGACUUCUGCCAGUUCCUGCUGGAGCUCUUCCCCUUCUUGCGUGAGUAUGGCAACAUCUCGUAUGACCUGCACCACGAGGACUCUGAGGUGUUCGAAGAGCUGCCCGUGCCAGAGCCCCCCAAGAUAGCCCCCAUGUUCCGCAAGAAGGCUGGGGCGGUGAUCACCCAGAGCCCCGGGAAGUACUUUGUCCCGCCCCCCAAACUGUGCAUCGACAUCCCCGACUAGAGACCCGCCCACAUGAACGCAAACUCCGCCCGCCACAGGAGAAGGAGUGAGAGCAUGAAGCCCAUCCCCUUGAAUUUGACUCUCUGGCCCAGGAUCAGAGAGACGGGACCAGCCUCGGUGAUGGCAUGAUGUGUUCAGUCUGGAAAAGCAAACCAAAUGAGAAUGCCCAAAUAAGGACCUACCUAGAACCCCACCCCUUUUGGCCUGGUCACGUUGUCAUUUUUGGACCGGCGUUCUGUCAUUUUUGGACUAAAGUCCGUUUUUAUUGGUGUCCUUCUCAUCAUUCUCUUGUGCUGAGCAAACGUCAAUGACUUACUGUAAAUUCUCUGACAUUGAUGACACUGUAGGCCAGACUAAAUGAAUCUACCGGUCAGAAAAUAAACAUUUGUUCAGCUGACAUGUCCUGCUCUAAGACGGGAUUGGUCUGCAUGUGUCCAGGAAAUGAGCAGGGAGCCUAAAGGCUUAUAGGCUUGUUGUUGACAGGGGUUAGACCUUGGUAUGGAAACUUUUGUGAACUGCUAUAAAGGGAUGACUAGGGGUGGUUUCUGCAAAUUUGUAAUAUGUCUGAAAGGGCUUGUCACAUAGUGAAGCACUCAGCUUCCACUCUAAAGCACAUGUGGUCAUUUGUAAAGUGUUAAUCUCUGCUGUUAUAUAUUUUCCUUUUCCUUUUCAGUGGGAUAAUGACUUAUAUCUAUUGUGUCUGUACAUUUUUGGAGUAUUAUUUGUUAAACACAGGGGUGUUGUCCCAAACUGUUAAGCUAAAACUGACAUUUAUAAGCCAGUAUGUUUUUAGGGUUUGUUAGCCAUUUCUUCUUAUGAAAUUUCCCUAUUUUGCCCCCACCAAACGUUUUCUGGGGUGUUCUGUGUCCCAGCACGGCUUCCAUCCCAGAGUCAACAAAGUCUUUCACUGAGUCACUGUAGAAUUCACAGAUGAACCCCAGGAAACGUGAUUAAGUGGACCCAACAAAGCACAUGUCAUAGGACUGAAUCGUCUCUGGUUCGUUUGUAUAUGCUUGGUAUAUUCAGCCUAUUGUAUUCCCUCUUCCAGAUUGACUCUCCUGGAAAAAUUCCCGGGUUACCUCUAAGGAAAGGGCUUUGACAGUAGGGGCUCUGGACUUGUGGCAGUGUUCCAAAUAGACCACUAGGUGGCAGUAUUACACUGUGGUGAAUGACAGCCUGUGAAUAUGUAUGACACAGACCACUGUGCUGUGCCUGGAGCAUGAAGGCCGUUUAAAUAAAACCCACAGGCAGUGGCACUCAGGAAAGUACAGGCACUGUAUCCCAUUUUCUUUUUCCCCAGCUAUUGAAAUAUUUAACUCCUCUGCUAUCUGUGUUCAGCCAUACAAAUAAUCUUAAAUGGCUGUGUCAGGCAUGUGGCUUUGUUUUUCAUCUAAAAUCCUCAAUGGAGGAAAGCCUUCACUGAAAGUUAACCAUUCUGUUGCAUCUGCUCACUUUUUACUGAGGACAGUCAGUGCCUUAUGGGUCAUUGAUUGCCUGUUGUUGUUGUUUUGCCUGUUGGAGUCACAAGUGCAAUGUAGUCAAACUCAGUGUAGCUGUUCCUGUAUAAUAACUACUUCCUGCUCCUCUCUAACAUUGUGCAGUAUUGUUUGUCUCUUGGGAUAAGUCACUCCUCUCUGGUUAGACACAUCUGAUGAUGCAUGAGUUUGGUUUUGAGUCUUCUCUCGGCUCCGCCCCAGGGCUCCUGUGGUCACCACUGUGAUGACCGAUACAGUGCAACUCACCAUCUGCUUUGUACUUGAUCCACGCGGUCUGGUCUGUCAGACUUCUUUGUCUAGUCAGUAGUGUGCCACGGUUGUUGUGAGCAGUAGAAUGGAGUCUCUGUCCCCGGCUUCGGAUGCUCCUGAGUGCUGUGCUCUCUGAAGGCACGCCCACUCUCAGCUGGCCUGAGAAAUGCCUGACAGCUGGCCUCCACUUUUUUUUUUUUUUUUUUAAUUAUUAUCACUUUGAAGGUUGGACCAAUUUUGUUCUGGAUUUGCCCAAGCAUUUUGAAGUUUGUCUCGAUCACAGUUUGUGUCCUCUGACAAAAACAUGUAAAUACAGUACAUAAAUGUAAUAUCUGUA